AUGAGACACCAGUCGCAUCAAAUGCCAAUGGUAAAUUUUUGUUUGAAUUACAAUGGCAGGAAAGCGCUUUGUCUUACAGUAUUUUUUUUCGCAGUAGAGACAACUGGCCCGUUUCACUAUUUUGUAAUAAUAGAAACGGUGAUCGCUAUUACGUUCUACAUGUUCAACGUUGCCAAGAUUGCUUGGCAUCCUUCACAGCAGUCGCUGGCGCAGUGUUGGAAUCAGUUGAUAGAAAAGGUGCAAGAAUUCCAAAAUCAGCACAAUCGUGGCAUAGACUCUAAACGCAUAUUUGGAAUCUUUUGGCUGUGGUUACUAGUGUUGUCGUUAGCUUAUUGCAUAAUGCUCACUGUUGUAGUUUUACAGUCGCCAGUCAAGUUCAUAGUUCAAGCAAAUCACUUCAUAUUUUAUGCAUUACGAAUAUACGCGUAUCUGUGUGAAACGACUAUUUCGGCUUCAUUUGCACUUUUUGCAAUGCUACUCAGAAAUCUAAUCAUCGAAAUGCAAGCAACUCUGCAACAGACCACCGUUAGAGCCACCCACUUGAGAUCUACCAUCCUGCUUUACCGGCAUAUCCUGCGGAUCGUCGAAUGCUUCUGUUCUGUUUACGGAUGGAUCAUUUUGCUGAUUUUCUUCGAACAUUUCUUAAUCCUCACCGAUCGUUCCUUUUUUUCGAUACGUCUGUAUCGAAUAUCGCCAAAUUUUUCAGCGAGGAAUAUUUUAUACAUGCUAGUCACAUGGGUCCUACCGUUGGCCUUCAACGAUUUAUUGUUGAUUGGAGCUUGCACAGUAACGGAGGAGGCGUUACAUCAGUUUGAGAAACAAGUGUGUGCUAUUAAUUUAACCGACAAUAGUGAUAGUGAUAUAGUACUUAUGGUUACAAGCUUUAGUUUGUAUAGCACUGACCGGAAGUCAAUGUUUCGAAUUUUAAACGCGCUGAACUUAAACUUCAACCUUAUCUAUGCGUGUUGUGGAGUAUUGGCUACCUAUUUGACUAUUUUCUUACAAUUCGACCAUGUAGAGGCCUAG